CCCAAAUAACAGAUUUCCAGAAACUUGCCUCAAAGCCCCAAUGCCUGCCAGGCCUGUGAAGCUAGUGAGCACAGACUGCUGGCAGUAAUGGGCGGUGGCUAAUUAUCUGCUUCCCAGAGCAGAGAUGGCUGGGGAUGGGGCAGGUGGGAUUGGGGAGAUAGGAUGGAGUCCUGGUAAACCAGAAAGCAAUGCAGGCCAGAAGCUACAGGGCAGGUGCUGGGGCAGGUGGGAGGAGAUUGUGGGCACACUUGAGCUAUCACAACCCUCUCACACCACUCGUGGAGCCCAUGCAUCCCACGCCUGAGUGAACCACCAAGUGCAUGUGCAGGAACGUGUACCCUUUCUGGAAGACGGAAUUGUAGGCGUGGAGUACAGCUGUACCUCUGCUAGCAGAGUGCUCACCAGGAGGCCCCCCUGGGACAGCUGCAACCUCUUGUAUACUUCCUGCCCACCCAGGCCAGGUGACUGGGGAGUGGUACACGAGGUCACUGGACGGUGGAGGAAGAAAGAUUCAAGUAAGCAGGUGACCCUGUUCACCCCUACCGUGCACUCAUUGACCUUCAUGUCCAGGAAACAAUGCUUGGGUGGAAAAAAGUCACUAAUCUGGUUACUUUGGGGGAGGAGCUUCUUGGUUCCAGGCAAAAAGAGAAGCCAACCCAGGCUCAGUGCGUGUGGAUGGGGAGGGCCGCUGGGGGUGGGACAGGCAGGCGUGAAAAGAACUGGGUUGUACUGACCACCGUUCCUUGCGUUUCCUCACCACCUGCUGCUGGUUCCCUGUGUUGGGAGAGAUAAUUCGAGCAGGAAUUUAAUUUGUUUUAGUAUAAAAGCAAUUUAAGAAGUCUGGAAAACAAAAAGGGUCAGUGAUUCCACUAUUCAGUGCUAAUCACUAUUAAUGUUUUAAAGUGUAUUCAAAUCCUUUCCUUACAUGGCUGUGGGUAUGUGGGGUGGGAGUGUAUUUCCUAAAAAGAUAAAAUCCAGGCAUGAUGCAUUUCCCUCUCCCUACAUCACAUCCAAAUAAGAGUUGUGACUGCUUUGACACCAAGAGGCUCUGGGACCUGAAAGUGUAGUGAGGGGCUCCUGGUCCCCUAGGGGACAUCAGGGACUCUCCUGAGACUGAGGGAAGCUGCUACCUGGGGGGAGAGGGGUCCUAGGUGUUCUUGUCCACAGAAGGCUGAGGGAGCAUGAGAAGGGACGAGGGAGAAAUAAGGUGGUGGAGGGGGGUAUGACAAAGGAGAAGGAGUGGAGUGAGGGGAGAAAGCCAGCGGAGAGCAGGCAACUCCUUAAAGAUCAGGGGUACGGCUGACCCUGGAACAACACAAGGUUAGGGGCACUAACCCCCCAAGCAGUCAAAAGUCCAAGUAUAUACUUUUGACUCCCCCAAACCUAACUACUAAUGGUCUACUGUUGACUACAAGCCUUACCGAUAGCAAACUAUCGACUGGCACAUAUUUUGUAUGCUAUAUGUAUUAUAUAUUGUAUUUUUAUAACAAAGUACGCUAGAGGAAAUACAUUGUUAAGAAAAUCAUAUGGAAGAGAAAAUACGUUUACAGUAUUGUACUGUAUUUAUCAAAAACUAUCCUCAUAGAGGUGCACUUGUGAAUGGGGCACCUGGGUGGCUCAGUCGGCUGGGUGUCCGACUUCAGCUCAGGUCACUAUCUCACGGUUUGUGAGUUCGAGCAUCGGGCUCUGUGCUGACGGCUUAGAGCCUAGAGCCUGCUUCAAAUUCUGUGUCUCUCUCUCUUCCCGCUCCUCCCCCGCUCAUGCUCUGUCUCUCUCUCCUUCAAAGAUAAAUAAAGACAUUAAAAAAAAAAUUUAGAAUUGGACCUGUGCAGCCAGCUUGGGCCAGUGAGAGGGUGAAGACCCAGAGAGGGGCACCUGUUCCUGAGCCCCCCUCUCUCCCCACCCCCAGCCCCAAGGACGGGGCCCUUGGUGGCGAGCCCCCCUGUACCUGCUCUGUGCGGCUCUGACUGGGCCGGCCCCUCCCCGCCCCCACCGCCUCCAGGAUUAGCUUUAUGGGUUGAGUAUUUCUUAGGCGGGCCUCCUUCCUCUGCCAGUCCCUGCUUAUCAGAGCAUCUACAACCCCCACCUCAACCUUAUCACUCAGUCCAUCUCCUUAGACUGGAAGUCCCAAGGCUGCAGAGGCCAUUACCAUCCCACACAGCCCCAACCCCCAGCAAAGCAGAAAGUUGCCCUACAAGGUGACCCCCCUCCCCUUUCCCAGCUGGCAUCUCCCUACCACCUGGGUGAGAGCAUGGUUCCUCCUGGUCUCUGGCAUCCCCUCUCCCUUUCCUUAUUUGUUUUCCUUUCAAUUCCCCUUCUAUAAAGGUCACUUUGUCCAUCCUUCAAUCUUGUAGUAAAAGAAGACCCCUGCUCCUGAAGACCCCCCAAGGUCCUGUGUCCCCCCAAGUCUCUCAUAUCUGUACAGGCCGAAGAUUCAGAAGAAAAAGCAAGUUAUGGCGGAUGAUUUGGAGCUAAGUUUCCAACUUUAAAGCCAGUCUAGUUUUGUUACUAGCCAUGGGCCAUCACCCUCCCUCUCUGUGCUCUGCCCUUCUCUUUAGAAAAUUAGGAGAGCCCUCAGCCUAUUCCCAGGUACUGCAUCUGUCUCCCGGGUGACUCGAAUUCAGUAACAAGCAUUUCCAAUCAGAAGAGAAAUAGAAACCACCCUAUUAGAAAAUAACACAAAAGGUGAUGUGUCCUCAGUCCUGCCUCAUCAUUCCUGAAGAGAGUCCCCAGAUUUCUCUGUCCACCACCUCGGCUCAGCUCCUGCUGUUCCAGUUCUGGGGUCUCCCCUGACUGGGGCUCCACAAAGCUGGGAAGGAAGAGAAGUUUCACUGAGGACGUGGCCUGGAAGCCUCCGGGAGGCUGGCUGCAAGGUUGAGAACAGAGACAACCACAAAGACCGCAAUGCAGACAAGCAGCGCUCAGGGCUUGGAGCCCAUCUGCGGAAGGAGAACCAAUAGUCACUGAACUCUUACGCUCAGGCUUUACAGACACAUGAGACAGUACAAUUAUUGGCCCCGUUCUACAGAUUGGAAGACUGAGGCCUGGGAAGCUCACUUAACUGAUCUGUAAGGGGACAAGAGCCAGCGUUCAAGCCAGAAUCUGCCUGAUUGUCAAGCUGGAGGGCUUUCACUUUUCUGCUUUCCUGUAUCCCAGUAAGUGCUCACCUUGCAUGUGGGGCCCGCAUUCUGGGCUUCAUCCUUGCUCCCCCUCUACAUCCCACAGUCUCCUAGCCUUCCCCUUUCUCCCCUGCAGCCUCAGCCCACUGCUGGGAAGGAAGUUCCCUCCUCCACCUCCCCUCCCAGCUCUAGAGCAGGUUCUGUGCCCGGGGGCUCUCUAGAGAGAGCUCCUCCCCUCCAGGUAAAGCCACAUUCUCCUGGCAGGGCCCCCAGUCGCCUCACUGCAUACACACACACUCCACCCACAAACUGCACGCUGUAUACACAAGUCACACUGGAGAUAUACUCACUCUCAGUCCCAACCCCAAACAGACCCCGCCUCCUCCUCUGUGGACUCCUAGACCAGCUCCUUUUACCACAUUCCCUAACCUGCCAGUGCCUGAAAGAAGACGAUAUGGGGGCUCCUCCACCUAAGGCAGAGGGGCCCAGGGUCCAACUCCAGAAACUUCUGGCCUCCUGGCUGCUCAGAGAGCAGGACUGGGAUCAGCAUCUGGACGAGGCCCACAUGCUGCAACAGAAGAGGAUCCGAGAGUCUCCACUGCUUCAGGCAGCCAAGGAAAAUGACCUGUGUGCCCUCAAGAAACUUCUGCUGGACCGAAGCUGUGAUUUCCGACAGAGAGGAGCCUUGGGGGAGACUGCGCUGCAUAUAGCAGCCCUCUAUGACAAUCUCGAGGCCGCCAUGGUGCUGAUAGAGGCUGCCCCGGAGCUGGUCAAGGAGCCCACCUUGUGUGAGCCAUUUGUAGGUCAGACCGCCCUGCACAUAGCCAUCGUGAACCAGAACGUGAACUUGGUGAGAGCCCUGCUUGCUCACGGGGCCAGCGUGUCUGCGAGAGCCACAGGCACGGCGUUCCGCCGCAGCCCCCGCAACCUCAUCUACUUUGGGGAGCACCCCUUGUCCUUUGCUGCCUGCGUGGGCAGUGAGGAGAUGGUGAGGCUGCUCAUUGAGCAUGGAGCUGACAUCCGGGCCCAGGACUCCCUGGGAAACACCGUGUUGCACAUCCUCGUCCUGCAGCCCAACAAGACCUUUGCCUGCCAGAUGUACAACCUGCUGCUGUCCUAUGAUGGGCGCAGGGACCACCUGCAGUCCCUGGACCUCGUGCCCAAUCACCAGGGUCUCACCCCCUUCAAGCUGGCCGGAGUGGAGGGCAACACCGUGAUGUUCCAGCACCUGAUGCAGAAGCGGAAGCACAUCCAGUGGACCUACGGGCCGCUGACCUCCACUCUCUAUGACCUCACCGAGAUCGACUCCUGGGGGGAGGACGUGUCCUUUCUAGAGCUGGUGAUUUCCUCCAAGAAGCGAGAGGCUCGCCAGAUCCUGGACCAGACCCCAGUGAAAGAGCUGGUGAGCCUCAAGUGGAAGAGAUACGGACGGCGGUACUUUCACAUUCUGGGUGCCCUGUACAUGCUCUAUAUGAUCUGUUUCACCGCCUGCUGCAUCUACCGCCCCCUCAAGUUCCGCUUGGGCAACCGCACAGAUCCCCGGGACAACACAGUCCUCCAGCAGAAACUGCUGCAGGAGGCCUAUGUGACUCAGCAGGAUAAGAUCCGUCUGGUGGGGGAACUGGUGACCAUCACGGGGGCUGUGAUCAUCCUGCUCCUGGAGAUCCCAGACAUCUUCAGGGUUGGUGCUUCUCGCUAUUUUGGACAGACUAUCCUCGGGGGACCGUUCCAUGUCAUCAUCAUCACCUAUGCCUGCAUGGUGCUGGUGACCAUGGUGAUGCGGCUCUCCAACAUGAACGGGGAGAUGGUGCCCAUGUCCAUUGCCCUGGUGCUGGGUUGGUGCAGUGUUAUGUACUUCGCUCGAGGAUUCCAGAUGCUUGGUCCCUUCACCAUCAUGAUACAGAAGAUGAUUUUUGGAGACUUAAUGCGCUUCUGCUGGCUGAUGGCUGUGGUUAUUCUGGGAUUUGCCUCAGCGUUCUAUGUCAUUUUCCAGACAGAGGACCCAUCCAACCUGGGGCAAUUCUAUGACUAUCCCAUGGCACUGUUCAGCACCUUUGAGCUUUUCCUCACCGUCAUUGAUGGGCCUGCCAACUACGAAGUGAACUUGCCCUUCAUGUUUGGCAUUGUCUACUUUGCCUUCACCAUCAUUGCCACGCUGCUCAUGCUCAACCUGUUCAUCGCCAUGAUGGGUGAUACACACUGGCGGGUGGCCCAUGAGCGGGAUGAGCUCUGGAGGGCCCAGGUGGUGGCCACCACAGUGAUGCUGGAGCGGAAACUGCCUCGCUUCCUGUGGCCUCGCUCUGGGAUCUGCGGGUGCCAGUAUGGGCUGGGGGACCGCUGGUUCCUGCGAGUUGAGAACCACCAUGAUCAAAAUCCUUUGCGAGUGCUUCGCUACGUGGAAGCUUUCAAGGGCUCAGACAAGGAGGAUGGACAAGAGCAGCUUUCUGAGAAACAGCCCUCUGUUUCUGUGAUCGAAAGUGGGACCCCAGCCAGAGCCUCUCUGGCCCCUCCAACGCCUUCCCUAUCCCGGACCACAUCUCACAGCAGCAGCAGCCACCGGGGCUGGGAGAUCCUGCGUCGCAACACAUUAGGACACAUGAAUCUUGGGCUGGACCUUGGCGAGGGAGAUGGAGAGGAAAAUAUCUAUCAUUUGUGAUGAGGACCCCUGUUACUAUUGGCCUGACAAACAGGUGGGCCUAAAUGGAGGGAAGUAUCUGAUUGUUUUGCCUGUUAAUCAUGAGAGGGGAUAGGCAGAAUAAUUCUUCAAGGUCAUGUCUCAUCCUUCACAUCAGCAUUUCUGGAGAUGGGCAAUGGACAUCUGUUGUCCCACAUAUCUUCUGGUUUCCUGAAAGUCCCACAUCUUGAGAAAAGAAGGUGUCUCUUAGAGCAAAGUUGGAUUUAGCCAUCAAAGACAUGAACUAGGGAUGCUAGACUAACAUCUGGAUCAUCUUUCUUUCUGCCUCAUGCAGGCACUAGAAAGUAGUGAGCUGUGAAGCCUGCUUGGUUCCACAAGGCUUAAUGUGGGAAGAUCCAGGCAUGGCACUGAGGUUAUGGCCCUUCCCUUUUCCCCUGUAGGACUCUCUCUCACCCCGCAACCAACCCCCAACUAGAAAACUGCAAUAAGAAAGGUUCUUUAUCCUUGCUUUAUUUUUCAGAAAUUUUAUUGUGGGAAGAUACACAUCAUAUAAAUUUACUAUCUUAACCAUAUGUAGGUAUACAAUUCAGUGGCAUUAGGUACAUUUACACUGUUGCAUAAUGAUAACUACUAUUCAUCCACAGGAUGCUCUCAUCAUCUCAAACCAAAACUCUGGUACUCAUUAAACAUUAACUCCCCACUGUCGCCUCCACACAGUCCCUCAUAACCAAUAUUCCACUCCACGUCUAUGAAUUUGACUACUCUAGGUACCUCAUACAGGUGGAAUCAUUCAAUAUUAAUCCUAUUGUGUCUGGCUUAUUUCACUUAGCAUAAUAGUUUCAAGAUUCAUCCUUGUUGUAGCAGGCAUCAGAAUUUUAUUCCUUUUAAGGGUCAAAUAAUAUUUCAUUGUAUGGAUAUAUCACAUUUUAUUUAUCCAUUCAUCCACUGAUGGGUAUUAGAGUUGUUUCCACCUUUUGGCUAUUAUGAGUAAUACUGCUAUGAACAUUGGCAUAUAAUUCUCUUCAAGUUCUUGCUUUUGAUUUCUUUGGGUGUAUCCUUAGCUGUGGAAUGGCUUGGACUUAUGGCAAUUAUUAUUUAAUUUUUUGAGGAACUGCCACACUUUGUUGUUU